AUGGAGGAGGCGCUGCUCUCCACCCCCAUCAACCCCAACAACUUUCCCGCCAAACUGUGGCGGCUGGUGAACAGCCCUCGGUACCGCUCGAUCCGCUGGGACGGCCGUGGUGAGGGGCUGCUCAUCGACCAGCCGCUCUUCGAGGCCGAGCUGCUCAGCCCGCCUGGGGCAGGGGCCGGGGGCGGUGGCGGGGCCGCGGGCGUCGGGGGCGGCGGCGUCGGGGGUGCGGGGGCUGAGCCUGAGCUCUUCAAAACCACCAAUUUCACCAGCUUCAUCCGCCAACUCAACCUCUACGGCUUCCGCAAGGUGGUGUUGGGCGGGCCGGGCGCUCCAGGGCCCGGGCCGGGGCCGGGGGGCGGCGGGCCGGCGGGCGACGGGCCGCUCCACCACUUCCACAGCCCGCACUUCCGCCGCGACCAGCCGCAGCUGCUCGUGCACCUCAAGAGGCUCACCAGCGCCAACAAGGCCAAGCUGGCGGCCGGCCUGGAGGUGCCCUGCCGGCCGCCCAACCGCUUCCAGAGGCUCCUGAUCACGUCGGCCUCCGCCUCGGCCUCCACCUCCCCGCUGCAGCACCAGGAGCCGCCACCGCCCGCAGGGCCCCGGCCGGAGCCGCACGGACCAGUGGCUGUAGGACAAUUCCACCGGUCAUUCCGGCGAGAUAGUUUGUCUCCUUACUCCUACGUAUCAACUUCGUCCCACAACCACAAUACUUUCCCUCUGAAAAAUUUAGAUCGGACCCCGAUUCCUCCCAGAACGUGGCAGAACUCCCUUGGGAUGCACCCAGGACAAGUGGAAACGUCUCCCACUUUUUCAGAUAAAAGCGUUCAAUUUCCUGUACUGCAGAGGUUUCCAACUGAAGUUACAUAUACUCUGCAGCCCAGCACCACAUCCGUGCACGUUCAGCCAGGUCCUCAAACAAUGGCCAGCUCCUCCCAAAAAUACAGUAACUACACACCCUCAGCGCAGUACUCCCAAGCCUACUAUCCAACAGCUGUGCUACAGUGCUGCUCUCCUCCUACCCACAUUGAUGCUCUCAGUAGUUGUGUCACUCCCACUGCCUCUUCCUAUGCACACUGCAACUACUUCCAGAAUCCUCCAAUGCAGUCCUCCUAUCCAGUUGAAUUUCUGCCUUCUAAUUGGACUUGCAGUGCUACUGAUGAAAAUAAAAAGACAGAAGUAAACCUAGAGGCUGUUUUUCAGAUAGUAGAUGAAUUGCAUUCCUCCCCUAAAUUGGAGAUGGUAAAGGUGGAGCCUGUUGAGAAUCAGUGCCCAACAUCUCAGUCUAACAGAGGCCAACAUAUCCUAGCUAAUUCAAGCAACAGCAAUCCAUCUUCCACAAGUCAGGCUAGCCAGCUGGAGCCACUUACUCCUGUAGGCUCUGAUAUUACAUCUUUCGUGGUCGGGACAGAACAAGCAAUUACCUGCUCUCUACCACAGUCACCUGAGUACAUCUAUACCAUCCACACAGCUCAGCCUGUUGAAAAUACUACAAUGCAGGAAUCUGCAACCAUUCAACAAGCUCAUAUCAAAGUGAAGGAGCAGCUAAGCCAUAAUUCAUCUCCAACUUCAUUAGUAUUUGUGCAGGAAGGGCUACCGUUCAGCACACACCAGGUGGAUGCCAGAAUAAAAAGCCAGACCAAUCCACCUGAGAAUAUCUUGCCUUCAGAACAGAUGGGAUUCCUUAUUUCAGAAAUGGGGACUGCUAGCAAACCUAGUAGAGACACAGGUUUCUCCACUCCAGCCAGAUACAGAGAGCGAAGAAGCAACUCACAGCAAGGAAAGUCCCCUGAUCUUCAUCUGCUGGUGGACGUGGCCUGCAAGCAGGAGCACUUUCCAAAGGAGGAAGAAUUAAAAGAGUGAAAAAUGGAUG